AUGUCGAAGCAAGCCUCCACGAGAGUCGCCAAUGGCACUGCUGCCACCCCCAGCUACCUGCUGACCGGCAAGGUCGCCAUUGUCACCGGAUCAGGACGAGGAAUGGGCCGUGAAACCGCUCUCGAACUUGCCCGCCGCGGCGCCGACGUCGUGGUCAACUACGCCAACAGCUCCAAGGCGGCGGACGAGCUGGUCGAAGAGAUCAAGGCGCUCGGGCGCGACUCGAUCGCGGUACAAGCCAACGUGUCGGACGUGAAGCAGAUCAUCAACCUGUUCGCCGAGGCCAAGAAACACUUCGGCAAGAUCGACAUUGUGGUGUCGAACUCGGGCGUCGUGUCGUUCGGGCACUUGAAGGACGUGACCGAGGAAGAGUACGACCGGGUCUUUGCCAUCAACACCCGCGGACAGUUCUUCGUCGCGCGAGAGGCGUACAAGAACCUCGAGAUCGGUGGGCGCAUCAUCCUGAUGGGCUCCAUCACGGGCCAGGCCAAGGGCGUGCCCAAACACACCGUCUACUCCGGGUCCAAGGGCACCAUCGAGACCUUUGUGCGCUGCAUGGCCAUCGACGCCGGCGACAAGAAAAUCACCGUCAAUGCCGUCGCCCCCGGCGGCAUCAAGACCGACAUGUACCACGCCGUCUGCAGAGAGUACAUCCCCAACGGCGCCAACUUGUCCGACGACCAGGUCGAUGAGUACGCCGCCACCUGGUCCCCCUUGUCCCGUGUCGGCCAGCCCAUCGAUGUUGCCAGAGUCACUGCCUUCUUGGCCUCCCAGGACGGUGAAUGGAUCAACGGAAAGGUCUUGGGCAUUGACGGCGCUGCUUGCAUGUAA